GCCCCACACACACUCUCUCUCUCGUACCACAAUCCCAGUACUAUCAUUACCACCUUCACAUUCAUUCAUUCAAAAACCAAAAACAAAGGAAACAAAGAAAAAGAAAAAGCAAACCAAAACUAUCUCACUCCCCUAGACAGAGAAAAAGAAACAAAAGCACUUCUCCUUCAUUCACUUUUUCAGUUUUUGUGCUUUUGCUUCAUCUUCUUCUCUUCACACCAUUGUACUUCCAUUUCACACCUUCCAUGUUCUCAGAGAAAGAGAGAGAGUUUGUGUGUAUGUGUGUUCUGUGGUGUAGAGGGAAAGUUGGAUUUUUUUUAGCUGAGCUCCCUUGAACACUGCAAGGUGAAAACACAGGGAAGAAGAGGGAUAUUCAUUGUUUUUGCUACCUCAUUUCAAUGGUUUUCUUAACUUGAAGUAUUUAUUUGAUGAUAAGUGAUAUUGGGAUAUGGAGAGGGUUGCAGAGCCAAAGGCAUUUCCUCGAACCUUGCCUGUCCUUGGUGAGGUAUCUGAUGCACAGGUAGCUGCAAUGAGAGAAGCCGGUCAGAGACUAACUGGGCAGGAUGUUUCAAGCGAACGUGGGAUUUCAGCAAGAGAUUUGAAUCAGUUGUCAAGAGCACGGGGUGGCCCUAUGACACGUCUGGCGUCCAUCAGAGAAGUGGCUCAGUUGUCAAAUGCGCGAACAGUUUUGGUAAGAGAAGAUAUGGGAUUCGAUACCCUCUCUUCUCAAGAGCAUGUCUCCCCUGCACCCACUAGAACAUGGAAAGGAAAGGCUUCUUUGCCCGACCCCGAUGAACUUAUGUCUGAUGUUGAGACAUUGAAGGGAAGUAAUAAUUCUUUCGAGGAAACUAGUUCGAUUUCAUUUGCUGGUGCUAGUCAUCCCCCGGAACCUGUCGAUACUGAUCUUAUGAGAACGGUUUAUGUACCAAUUGGUCAAAAUAAAUCUGAGGCUGGAUGCUUAAUGAAGAGCAUGUCCUUGAAGGGUCCUUUCUUAGAAGAUCUUUCAAUUCGCGUUCCCUCGAAGAAACCAAUCCCAGCUGUUGUUUCUCCUGCAGAAAGUGUGAUUGACGAAUCAAAUGACAUGGGGAACUUAUCCUCACCUUUUUUAGGUGCUCGUGCUUCCCAGAAUACUGAGAAUUCUGAGGAGAAAGAAUGUGUCUGGGAUGCUUCUUUGCCUCCAAGUGGCAAUGCCAGUCCACAUAGUAGUAUCGAUAGUACUAGUGUUGUCAGAGCAAUGAGCAUUGCUAAUAGUGUCGAUAGUACUAGUGUUGUCAGAGCAAUGAGCAUUGCUAAUAGUUGUGCAAGUACGUACAGGAGUGAUGCAAUGACUAGUGAUGGCCUGCUUAGUUUAGACAGGAAUUUUGAUAGUACUAAAGGAAGUGUAAAGGGUGAUUCACUUGAGAGUGCAAAAACUAGUGCUAGUCGAGCAAGUGAUAGUAGUGGUCUCAGUGAUGACAGCAACUGGAGUAACAUCACUGGUAGUGCCAGUAAGCCCCACCAAGGAAAUGAUCCUAGGUGGAAGGCUAUCAUUGCAAUCCGAGCUCGGGAUGGAAUUUUGGGAAUGAGUCAUUUUAGGUUACUCAAACGACUUGGUUGUGGCGAUAUUGGAAGUGUAUACCUCUCAGAGCUGAGUGCAACGCGUUGUUAUUUUGCAAUGAAAGUUAUGGACAAAGCAUCCCUAGCAAGCAGAAAGAAGCUGAUUAGGGCUCAGACAGAAAGGGAGAUAUUACAGUUGCUGGAUCAUCCAUUUCUGCCUACAUUGUACACUCAUUUCGAGACGGACAGAUUCUCCUGUUUGGUAAUGGAAUACUGCCCAGGGGGUGAUCUACACACUUUAAGGCAACGGCAACCUGGGAAACAUUUUUCAGAGUAUGCUGCUCGCUUUUAUGCUGCUGAGGUCCUGUUGGCAAUUGAAUAUCUUCACAUGCUUGGAGUUGUGUACCGAGACCUUAAACCUGAAAAUGUACUGGUCCGAGAUGACGGUCACAUCAUGCUCUCAGACUUCGAUCUUUCUCUUAGAUGCGCAGUUUCACCGACCCUGAUCCGCACACAUGAUGGUGACCCCUCAAAACGCGCCGGCGGAAGCGCAUUCUGUGUCCAGCCGGCUUGUAUUGAGCCUUCUUCAGUAUGCAUCCAGCCUUCUUGUUUCAUGCCUAAGCUCUUUGCUCAGAAGAAUAAUAAGAAGUCACGGAAGACUAGAGCCGAGUCUGGCCUGCUAGCCAACCUGCUUCCAGAGCUUGUUGCUGAGCCGACAGCGCGGUCCAUGUCCUUUGUCGGCACACACGAAUACCUUGCCCCUGAAAUCAUCAAAGGAGAAGGCCAUGGUAGUGCAGUUGAUUGGUGGACAUUUGGGAUUUUCUUGCAUGAGCUGUUGUAUGGUAAAACCCCUUUCAAAGGCUCAGGAAAUCGCGCCACGCUGUUCAAUGUAGUAGGCCAGCAGCUCAGGUUUCCUGAAUCGCCCGCCACUAGUUAUGCCGGCCGUGAUCUGAUCCGGGGCUUGCUGGUGAAGGAGCCACAGAACCGGCUCGGGAUGAAGAGGGGCGCUACCGAGAUCAAACAGCACCCUUUCUUUGAAGGUGUGAACUGGGCCUUGAUCAGGUGCAGCACGCCGCCAGAAGUUCCAAGACCAGUUGAGAGUGAUUUGCCAGCAAAGUUUGAAGCUGUAGAUAACACUGUUGGGGUUGGCAACUACAAUAGUAAGAGGAUGGUAGGUAAUAAUGAUAUGAUAAAAUCUGGGGGAAAUUAUCUGGACUUUGAGUUCUUUUAGGUUGGAUUUUCCUCAAUCUGCUUUGUAUUGUGUUUCCUUCAUCAGUUAAUUAUGCAAGUGAUGCACUACAUUAUCAUGUUUAUUUAGUCUUACAAUAGCAGAAUUCCAUUUCAGUUGGAAUGAUAGUUUAGGGUAGGGUGAAUGCCCUACGUCUAAUACCAGAGUUCAUAUAGGUAAUCCAUGAUCUAAUGUUACAAUCCAGAAUCUAGAUACUUCUCAUUAAGUUAUUUAUUCAACUUUCCAUUAUGGGCUAGUUUCUCA